AUGGGACAGUGUUGGUCAGCCAACUCUGAGGAUGCCCAGGAAUUCAGGGACGUGGAAAGGACCAGUGAGACCCUGACCAAGGACUUCCACCAGCAUUUGGUGGAGGGUGGGAAGGAGUCGUUGAACCCCUCCAAGCUAAGGGGCCUGAUCACCCAGCAGCUUCCCCACCUCAUGCUGAGCAACUGUGGGCUGGAAGAGAAAAUUGCCAACUUGGGCAACUGUAACAACUCUAAACUGGAGUUUGGGAGUUUCUGGGAGCUGUUUGGAGAAGCAGCCAAGAGUGUGAAGCGGGAAAACACUGUCCUGGGGAGUUGA